AAGAACGCGGCGUCAAAGCAAGCAAAAAGUUCAUCGUUUCAAUUUCGAGAGCCACUAAAAGCAAUAUCACCAGGAAACGCACCAAAGCAGUCUGUAUAUUUUCUUGAUCAGAGCAGCCCAUCCAAUUGGAUUGUUUUAUUGAUCGCCGUGAUGCCGAAAUCACUGGAAAAGACACGCAAGCAAAUUGCGAAGAAGCGCAAUGGGGUUGUUAACAAUCUUCAUGAAAACUCACGAAACGCCAGAAGAUUACACACUGCUCAAGUAAGAGAUGAGAGGCUAGAGAAGCUUGCUCAGGCCAAGAAGAAGAGUGACAGACCUUUGAUUGACCGAGUUGCGUUUUUCAGGGAUGCAGUCAAGGAGGGCAGCCAUCCUCGACCAUUAUCACUAGAUGUAGUCCAUGAGAUGGUCAAAAGUUUUGUCCACCAGUAUGACGAGGAGUAUGCGGAAGUAAAGAGCGCACGUCGUCCCGGAAGGCCCUCUAGUACAAAAGAAGACACCUUGAAGGCCAAGGUUGUCAAGUUGGAGAAGGAGUACCAGGCCGGAUUAUAUAUGCCCGAUCUCACCAAGGUGGAAAAUUUGGAUGCCUUGGAAAGGUGGGAAGGCUCAUGGCCGUUCCUUGCUAGUCUUGCGUGGGUGAAAUUCUUACCGUCUGGUGAGAUGAAGCCGGCAAGCUUUCCUCCCAUGUGAGGGCCGCUUGGAUCGGUUGACUGGUUGAGCAUAAAGACUUCGAAAUGAGACCCAUAAUGCACAAUGAUACCCAUGAACUAUCUUUUCUUACUUUUUGCAACAAAAAAAGGUUAUUCUAUUCAAACCCCGUAGACUUAGGAAUCCAAGGAUGUAAACCUGCACUUUUAAGGUUAUGUUUGGCAAUGGUCAAAUCACACAAAGACAAGAUGGGGGUUGAAGACUGGGCAAGGUGUUUUUUGAACUAUGAUCUGUUAUUACAGUUGUCAUUGUACGUGG